AUGGGCUAUUAUCACCCGUCACGGCCGAUCUCAAGUUUGACACCUUUGCAGGCUGAGAUGCGUCGCAGAACGUGGGCCCACAUCAGGCAGGCCGAUAUCAUGUUAUCGUUUCAGCUCGGUCUGCCUUCCAUGAUCGGAAUUCGUACACUUGAUACACCUCCUCCCCGAGACGUUUACGAUGACGAAAAUUUUCACGAGGACAUCACUGCAAUUCCAGAAGCGCUCUCAGACUCUGAAUCAACACAGAUCUCGUACUUAAUCGUGAAGAGCAAAUUAGUAUUUGCGUUCGCUCGGACGCUCGACGAGAUUACUAGCCUAAUGAGUUCGGGGAGAGUUUUCGAACUAGAUCGUGAGCUUAAGCUUGUCUACGCCGAUGUCUUUUCUCGUUACCAGCUAGGUCGACUAUCUGGUCAAGUUCCUCUCGUACUUGUAUCUGCUCGAUUUGCUCUAGCGAGUAUCCACCAAAUAUCCCUCUGUGUCCUUCACAGCAGAUUUUUGAACAAUCGGGACGAUCGGUACUCAUACUCGAGAAAGGCCUGUCUAAGCUCAGCUACGUCGAUCCUGCGCUUUCAAUAUAUUCGGAAUGAAGACAUCCCAAUCGACUGUCACUCGAGAAGCAUGACGAAUCAUCGGACAUCACUCGCGAUACAUGAUUACCUGCUCGCUGCGACGAUUGUUUCCUCGGCAUUGUCAUCUCAACCUAACGACAAGCAAAUUCAAGAGAGGAUGAUGGCAAACGAUAUCACAUCUAGAGACGACACGAUCCAGGCCCUCAGUCUCAGCGCUCGCAUAUUUGAACAGACGCAAGACCAGAGUAUAGAAGCUUACAAAGCCGCUGACGUGCUCGAGAUGCUGGUCAGAAAGUUCGGGGGAGUGUAA